GCCAGGAAGCGUUUUGCCCCAGCGACCGAGACGGAGUGUGACCGCACGCGGAGCGUGCGGCGGCGAGAGACACUGCAGAGCUCUGCGAAAGAGGAUUCGGAUGGAUUUCUUACGGCCUCGGAAGAUGAAAAAGACGCGUGGGAAGAAUGUGACCCUGAGCCAGUUGCAGAGCGCGGGAGUUCGUCCUCCUCGUUGUUGAUGGAGGAUGUGGUGAACCCUGUGGAGCACGUUGACCGCCCGGUGCUACGAAGGAUGAAGAUUCCCUUCGUCAUUGCAGCUCCCACAGUUCCAGGAUUCCCAGUGUGUCUCCGGUCCAAAGGCUUCGAGGAGUUGUUUGGUCCCUCGAUGCAUGUGAAAGUUGGCUGUGACGCCCGAGAGGUGCUGAGACCCUCUGAUCCGAAGGAAACCAAGGUGUGGCAGAGUUUUUUCGAUUCCAUCAUGGAGGGCCAGUUCUAUUUAAAUGAGAACGUCGAUAGUCCGCUGGACGGUUGGCAGUUGCCAGAUAAUGGCAGAUUACCCGCGGGGGAGAUUGCCUUCAUACAGACCUUCCGGGGAAGAUUCGGGAACCCCAUAGAAUGCUUAGUCUACCUGAAGCACGUGGAGUUGGACGAUUGCCCGUUCCUUCUGGCAUUGCAUGCCUAUCUGCCCAGCGAAGCGGAACAAGAUAGUAGCCGUGAGAAACUGUUUGCUAGGCUCAACGCCCGUCUCGAUGAAGUGAUUGCUGAGAUGGCGUCAGAGUAUGUGUACUACGCGCCCAUGCGAAGACAAACCAAAUAUCAUCCUCUGUGAGAACCGAACCCCGGGACCGCUUGGGAACCAGCAGAUGCACACGGGAGAUUCGAUGCAGAUCGGCAUGCCGAUCGGUGGUUUGUCCAGACAAAUGGUAGGAU